UGUUUGUCAUCACUUCCGCUGCCGUUGCUGCGACACGGGACGUCAACAGCUAUGGCGGACAAGGAGAAGCGCCGGGCCGGGGUUCCUCCUCCCGGGAUGCCCGUGGGCAAAUCCACCAAAUCGGACAGCGACCGCGAGUUUCUGUCGCAGGCCGGAGUGGGAGACCUGCUGCGCGGGGCCAUCCUGAAGAUGGUCGAAGCCAGAUCGGACGAUCCCAUCGGGUUCCUGGCCGACCACUUCUGCAACCUCGCCUCGGUGACGGACACCGGCACAGCUGGAUGCGGGGACGAGGACCAGCAGCAGCUGCAGCAGCAGCAGCAGCUGAGCUCAGGCACGCACGGCGCAGGCGCGCAGGAGCAGCAGCGUCUCAACCGCGCGCUGUGGCACCUGCGGCUGGCGCACCACUCCCAGAGAUCUGCCUUCAGCAACAAUGUCCGCGUGGCCUACGACCUCUUAAACCUCACGGGGCCUCGAAGAUGCGCAACUGAGGUUCCUGAAGGCCCUGAUGGCUCCUGCACCGACAGCCCCGCUGACGGAGGCGGAGGAGGAGGAGGAGGAGGAGGAGGGGGAGGAGGAGGAGUGAGAGGGGGCCUAUACUCACAGACUCUCGAGUGCCUGUGCAGUGAGGGUGGGGUCCCUGCCUCCACCUCCGCCCCGCUCCUGCGGCGCCUCCAUUGCCAGAACCACGAGGCCGUCCCUUACGACGUCUUCCGCCACGGCGUGCUCACGUGCGCCGUUUUCUCAGACUACAUCCGGCAGGCUCAGAGGCUCUACGCCGAGGUGUGCUGCCCGGACGAAGGGCCCGCCUCCCGGGCGCUCUGCCAGGCCGUGCUGGGAACCUUGAAGGAAGCUUUAGAGACCUCCCAGGGCUCUGAAGCAAACUGCUGUCUUAACGCUAACACUAAAGCUAACUCUUGUCUGGAGGCUAACGUGAAGGCUAUCCGCUACCUAGAAGCCAGCGCCAAGAUCUCCCCCUACAAGCUAGCUCAGGCCAUGUCCGAAGGACAGACACGGGGAUCCGGUGGAAACAUGGACGCGAAGGAGUUUGAGAAUGCAGCCGCAGAGUUGUUCAUCACUCGAGUGAAAGUUGUGUCCUAAAUUUUCUGACAGCAAUAGAGAAUAUAUCCUAGAGUAAAUAAUAGAUAACCUUAGAAAAAGACUGACACUAAACUCACUAACUCCGCUGUAAAACACAUCUAAUGGCACUAAUGAGAAACGCAAAGGCAGCUGUGCAUGUUUGAGUAUGUGGAUGUAGACGUCUGUGGCCGUGUCUACACAGGCAGUUACUUUGUGAAUGGCAAGGAGCUCUUUUCCUGUACUGUUUACUCCUUGAUAUCAAUAUCUAGGCUAAUAAUUUCUAUCACUCUUCACCUCUUGACUGUGAAAUGCUUGGGUUAGAAAAUAACUCUCUGUAUCUUCAGUGGAAUCAACAUUCCUGCCAUGAACUCACAUUCCUUUCAAACGAAAUCACUUUCCUCUCUUGUUGAGACCGUCGGGGUUUACAUGUCGUCUUCUGUUGCAGCAGAAAGUCGGACAUUAAGGAUGUCAUAAAGGAAGAUUUGUGCAAACUUA